AUCUGUUCCCUACUUAUUUCCUUUAUAUGUGUUUAUCAUUCUGUAUGUUGAUACGUUUAUCAUUAUAGAAUUAAAAAAUAUAUAUAUCUGUAGAAAUUUUUCCAAAUGAAGUUAACAUAUUGUCCUGUAGAGUAAUGUAAUUUUUUUUAUAAUCAUAUCAUGUUAAUGAUAGUGUUUUGAAUUAACUUAUUGUCUGAUAUGUAAUCUACUAAGUUGUUGAUCAAUUUUCAAUAAAUAUAAUUUAGACAUAUAAUAUAUAUUAUUUCAAUUCAAUAGUUAUGGAGUUAAGUCAUAGCUUAUUAUUGAAUGAAGAUGCAUUAAAACAGCUAUCAGAAACUAAAAAACCUGUUUUUAUAUUCGAAUGGUUAAGGUUUUUGAAUAAAUCAUUAUUAACAUCCAAGAAAGGCGACAUUAAAGAUUAUCAAAAAAAAUUAGUUGAACAGUUGACUAAUUUAAUACAAGAAAAUCCAGGUCCUCCCACUAGAAUACUUAUUGCUAAAUGUUUAUCAACAUUAUUUAAUGUUGGUGAUACAUUCUUACUUUUCGAUACUGUCAAUAAAUGUAAUGAUAUAUUAAGAGUUAAGGAUGAUUCAUUAGCUUUUCUUGCCACUAAAUUAGGUGCUAUUACUUGUAUUGGCCACAUGUACAAAAAUUUGGGUAGGAUGAUGGGUCGAUCAUAUGAAGAAACUAUUUGUAUCUUAUUAAAAAAUCUUAAACAUGCAGAAUCACAAAUGCGAGUGGAAAUAAUUACUACAUUAGAAAAAAUAUGCACAGGUAUGGGAUGUGUGAUGGGGAAUAUUCACAAAGAUAUUUAUAAAGCAAUCAAACAUUAUUUAACAGACAGAGUAAUGGCUGUUCGCUCAGCAACAGCAAAAUGUAUAUUAGAAAUGGUGAAAUGUUCAAAUUUUUUUUAUACAGCAGAAUUAGAAAAUUUAACUAAUUUAUGUUUUCGAGCAUUUGAAAAUGCUAAUUAUGAAGUAAGAUGUUCAGUAGCCAAAUUAUUGGGAACUUUGACUGCUUUUACACAAAUUAAAUCUAAAGAACAGCAUUCAUCAUCUACUAGUAAAAAUUCCAAAAAUAUGUCCUUAGAUGAUGCAUUAGGUAUUUUAAUGAAUGGUUUCUUAAGAGGUGGUAUGGGAUUUUUAAAAGGAACUGGUGAAAUUAUUAAAGGAACUUCUGGCAGUCAUAGAGAAAUUAGAGUUGGUGUAACUUAUUCAUAUGUGGAAUUUGUUCAGACUUUAAAAAAUGACUGGUUGGAAAAAAAUUUGUUUGCAUUCAUGCGCCAUGUUUUAGACCUAGUUGUUAAUCCUAAGUCUGCAUCUUCUCAUGUUGAUGCUAUUUAUUCUAGAAAAUGUGUAAGUUUUAUAUUACGGAGUACUCUUGGGCAAAUGUUAGGUGAAAAAGCUCAAUCUUCUGCUUGUAAAGAAUUAGCUAUAAUAGUUAAAAAGCAAAUGACUUCAAUUGAUUUUAGUCCAGAAAACGCUAAAGAAUUUAACCAAGAAACUAUUUUUGGUCAACAUUUUCUUGUCUGUGCUUUACAAGAAAUAGGUUGUUUAUUACUUAAUAUGGGCACAAUAGCUGUAAAUCUUAUAUCAGACAAUACUUGUAAUGUAAUUGAAAUAGCUUUGUCUGUUUUGGUUCAUCCAAGUCAAGCAGCUCGGUUAUCAGCUGCUUGGUGCAUACAAUGUCUUUGUAUUGCUUUACCUAGCCAGUGCACUCUCUUAAUUGAUCGGUGCAUUGAAAAUAUUGAAAGCACUAGAGCUACAUCUGAAAUAAUAUCAGGAUAUAGUGCUGUUUUGGUUAGUAUACUUGGAAGUGUUAAUGUCUCUCCUUUGGGUAUUCCUCAUAUGAAAGGAAAAAUUAUUUUCAAUACUGCAGAAGAUUUAUUAAGAAGUGCUAGUCAAAAUAGCCGCCUAUCUUUAAGUAGAACUCAAGCUGGGUGGCUACUUAUUGGUGGUGUGAUGACAUUAGGCAUAAGUGUUGUUCGAGGUCUAUUACCUCGUAUGCUUCUUUUAUGGAGAAACUCAUUUCCAAGAUCAUCUAAAGAACUUGAUUCUGAAAAAGCUCGAGGUGAUGCAUUUACAUGGCAGCUGACACUGGAAGGUCGUGCUGGUGCUAUGUCAUCUAUAUAUAGUUUUUUGUACAACUGUAAUGAUUUAGUUACUGAAGAUAUUAUAAGGAGACUAUUAACUCCUAUAGAAUCUGCAUUGGCUAUGUUAAUAAAUAUGACAUCAGUUGUCAAAAAUUGUGGUCAACAUUUAAAAGCUCCUAUUGCAUUGGUAAGGUUACGAUUGUAUGAAACAUUAUCACUUAUUCCAGCUCAAGAUUUUGAAGCAUCAUAUACACAUAUUUUAAGACUAUUAGUUUCGGAGUUCACAUUAGCAGAAAAUCCUGCUAAUACUGUGACGUCAAAAUUAAGAUAUUUAUGUCAAAAUGAAGAAAGUGUGCUAUUAGGUCUAUGUCCCGUACAACACUCCCACCAUCAAACAAUUGAAGACCAGGUGGAUUGUUCAAAAAAAAUUGACAAUGAUUAUCUAAUUCAGAAUAAUGCAAUAGGAUCUGGAGCCUUAGAACAUGAUCCCAGAUGCUUAUAUCUUUCAGUGUCUAAAGAUAAUAUAGUUCCCAGUCCUUUGCCUUUAGGUGUAUCAGUUAUUGAUGCUUCUAUUACAUUGUUUGGUUUAAUUUUUCCCCGAGUUGCUAAUAAGCAUAGAAUUCAAAUGAUUGAUCAUUUUGCUGAUCAAAUAAAAUAUUCAAAGUCAUGUCGUUGUGAUGUUAUUUCUAUCAAUAUAUUUGCCUCAUUAUUGUCUGGUUUCAAAGUUCUUUCGGAUACAAAAGCAACUAUAGCACAUGAAGAAAUUAAAACUACAACAUCUUCAUUAAUAAUGAGUACAUUGACUAAUAGCAACACUAUUCUUCGAGUUGCAGCUGCUGAAUGUGUGGGGCGUAUGGCUCAAGCUGUUUCAGAUUCUCGAUUUACUGCUAUGCUUGCUCAAACUAGUUUUGAUCGUCUUAGAUGUGCUAGAGAUGUUCCGAGUCGUACUGGUCAUUCAUUAGCUUUAGGUUUUCUUCAUAAACAUGUUGGAGGUAUGGGAUCUUCACAUCAUUUAAAUACCAGUGUUAGCAUCUUACUUGCGUUAGCUCAAGAUACCACAUCACCUAUAGUUCAAGUUUGGUCUUUACAUGCCUUAUCACUUAUAGCAAAUUCUGGUGGGCCAAUGUUUAGAGGAUAUGUUGAGCCUUCUUUAUCAUUGGCUUUGAAACUUUUAUUGAUAGUUCCCCAUCACCAUGCAGAUGUUCAUCAAUGUAUUGGCAAGCUGAUUUCUGCUUUAAUUACAACUAUUGGACCAGAAUUACAAGGCAAUUCUGCAUCAAUCACAACUGCAAGGUCAUCGUUUUUAUGUGCCUGUGCUAUUAUGCAAGAUCAUGAGGAUCCUUUAGUUCAAGCUGAGUCAACAGUAUGUCUACAAGAACUGCAUUUAUUUACACCAAAGCAUGUUAAUCUUACUGCAUUAGUAUGGACUUUAUGUCAAAAUCUUUCAAAUAGUCAUUUACUUUUAAGAAAAGCAGCUGUCUCAUGUUUACGUCAGUUAUCUCAACGAGAAGCGAGAGAAGUCUGUGAAAUAGCUGAUUCAUUUCUGAAUUCACAUGAUAAUGAUAAUACUGAAGGUUUCUUCAUUACUGAAUCUGGUCUUCCUGGUGUAUUAUUUAACAUGCUUGAUACAGAAAUGGAUAGUCAACUUAUAGAAGAUAUUCACGAUACUUUGAUUAGUAUGCUUCAAAUUUUAGCAGUAGAUAAUCUUACAAAAUGGAUAAACUUAUGUAAAUCUGUGUUGGCUGUUUCCUCAGAUUUAAAUAUUAAAGAAACAGAGAAGUUUGAAGGAAAUAUACUAAAUGAUGAUGACGAAACAGGAGAUGAUCAUGACGAAUUUCAAAUGAAUAGCAAAGAUGAAGCUUCUGCCAAAAGAAAACAACAACCUUGCUGGUCUACUAAAGUAUUUGCAAUUCAGUGUAUGUGCCGUAUUAUAUCUACAUGUUAUAGAGACCAAAAUUCUGCACCACAUUUUAAUCUGUCAUUAGCCAAAGAAUUAUUGAUCACUAACAAUAAAGGUGAUUAUUUAAUUCUUCAUUUGUCAGAUUUGAUAAGAAUGGCAUUCAUGGCAGCUACAAGUGAUAGUGAUCAACUACGUUUAGAAGGGUUUCAAACCCUCAAUGAAAUUAUAGAAAAAUUUGGGAAAGUUGCAGAACCAGAAUUUCCUGGACAUUUAUUAUUAGAACAAUUUCAGGCACAAGUUAGUGCAGCUUUACGCCCUGCUUUUUCAGAAGAUACAUCAAGUCAUGUUACAGCUGCUGCAUGUCAAGUUUGUGGAACAUGGAUUGGCAGUGGAGUUGCUCGUAAUAUUAAUGAUUUAAAGAGAGUAUACCAUUUGUUAGUUACAUCAUUAACAAAACUAAAACCAGGAGUACAUAUGAAUUUGAAUAAUCAAUAUAAUGAAAGUAUUGUAACAUUUGAGUGCUUAGCAAUUCUUAAAUCAUGGUCCCAAAUUUACAUAAUUGCUAUGAUUAAUAGUGGUAUGGCUCCAGGAAAUUUUAGUGCAAUAGAGUUUUCCAAAGCCAUUGAAAUAUGUGAUGAUUUUUCCAAAUUUGAGAGUCAAAAUGAUAGUUUAUUAAAUUUAAUAAAUCCAGAACUAAGCUUAUUGUCAAAACAUUGGCAUGCUGCUCUUAAAGAUCAUGCUCUUCUAUUAUUACCUAGUGAAUUUAGCAGUCAACUUCCUCAUGAAGGUGGAGCUUUUUAUACUUCAAGUACUAUUGAUAGUAGUCGUAAUUACUACAAAAACUCUUGGCCUCCAAUUUUGUAUGCGUUAUCUCUAUGGAUGAAUUCUAAUGAUUUCAAAGAAAGGAAUGAAAACCUCGAUAAAGAAUUACAAGACAAGUUUCAUCUCAUAUUUGGUGUAUGUACAGAAGCCAUAUGUAAUCAGCGCACAUUAGAAAAUAUUGACAACCUUAAAAUUUGUUUAAAAUCAUUGUACACAAUUUUAGACUCUAUGGUUGCACGUCAAAUUUUAAUGAAAAACCAAAUAUUGGGAAUUGAAACUAUGAAUAUUAUGCAUAAGUUACUGUUAACUAAUGAUAAUAUUAAAGUUCAACAAAUAGUUAUGGAUGUAGUGCAACAGAUUGUUAAAGCUACAAAAGAGGACUUAGAAAACAAAAUGAAAAAUAGUAAUGACCAUUCUGCAAUUAAACAAGAAGUUUUUUGGGAUGAUGGGAGCAAUGAUGGAAUCAUAAAACAUAAAAAAUGUAUAGUAUUUGCUACUCUUGAAGUUUGUUUGUGUCUUAUUGUUCGACAGAUACCAGAUUUGAAUCCAACUCCUAUUGUUACAAAUUCUACUAGAAAAUUACAUACUAAUAAUAUAAAUCACAAAAUUAUUGCUACAACACUAAAAAUAAUGGCUCAACUACCAUCACUUUGUUCACCUAAAGGAGGUGUUCAAAUUCUUCCUACAAUUGCAUACCUCACAACGAAUAUUUUAAAAGAAGUUGAAGAGACUACCAAUGAAACUUCUAAACAUGAAGUAUCAGUUUCAGCUGUGUUAGAUGUAUUUUAUGAAAUUUGUAAACAUCCAUUUGGUUAUAAUGAAACUACUGCGAGUCAAUGGAGAUCAUUAUUACAGAGUACAGUUGCUAAGCUAAUUGACAUGUCAAAAACUGGCGACAAAGAAAAAAAAAUUAAUGAAAAAACAAUGAUGUCAAUCAUUUCUAUAUUUACACUACAUUCUCCUCCUGAUGUCAUGAAUGCUCAAAAUAUUUUAUACCCUUGCAUUAAUUAUUGUUUACAAUGCAUUAGAAGUGAUAGUAUUCAAGUGAAGAUUAAUUGUAUUCAAUUUCUUAAGGCUGUAUAUGAACAUAAAGAUAAAUAUAUUGGAACUGGUUAUAUUCAAGCAUUAGCACCACGUGUUGUUGAAUUAUUGCUUGAAAAAAUUUCAACACCUUUAUUAGAACAUCAAUUUGUUUUAAUUUGUGAAUCAAUUAGUUGUUUAGAGAGCUUAGUUCAAUUAGCUCCUUCUAAACAUAGAAUUCAAAUGUUAACAUUAUUAGUACCAGUUCUAAUUAAUUAUUUAGUCGAUUCAGAAUGUUUAAAAUAUAAUUCAUCUACUAAAAACCAAUUUAAAUUACAUGAAUUUAGUAUACAAUGUUUACUUAAAAUCGGUCCUCUUUAUCCCCAGGAAUUUAAAUUAAUUAUAUCACAAAAUAACAAACUUCGAAUUAAAUUAGAAAAUUCUAUAAAAUCUAAUAAAACUAUGCAACAACAUUAUAAUUCCAACUCUCAAACAUCACAAAACUUGAAUAAAUCAAUGCAACCAUCAAUCAAACUGAAGAUGGAUUUCACAAAUUUUAACUAAAAGAAUAACACGCAGUGGAACGAAGUAUUUAAUUAUUUCACACCAAUUUUAAAGUGAGGGAUUACAACAGAGGGGUUUUUAAAAAUGAUGUUGUUAAAUCCAUUCAAUACACCCUCUAGAAUUGUUUCAUUAAAUGAAAAAAUAACUUAUACAAAAUUUAGUUGAAAUCGAAUGACGCUAACAUGUGCUGCAAGAAGAUUGAAAAUUUCACUGUGUGAUUUUUCGAUUUACGUCACCUAAAUUACAAACUGUGCUAUCAACAGAAAAAUUUAUAGAGCUUAAUUUAUAGAACUAAAUGUUUACGUAAAAAUAUUAUUAG